AUGGGGCUGUGGAGCGCGCUCCACAAGGUCCGGGCCGGCCAAGAUCGCGUCCUGACCGACGGGCGCAACCACGGCCACUGCCUCGCGCCGAGCGGGGCGUGGUCUCCGGACUCGGAGUGGAUCGUGUACGACACCCGGAGCGACGCGGCGGGGCAAAAGUUCGACGGGGGCGCCAUUCAGUGCGUCAACGUCAGAUCCGGGCAGGUUCGCACGCUGUACAGGACUCGGAACGGCGCCGCGUGCGGGGUGGCGAGCUGGAACCCGAGGAGAGAUAAGAGGGAGGUCGUCUUCGUCCACGGUCCGGAGAAUCCCACGGCGAGUUACUUCUACGCCCCACACCAGAGGCGGGGCGUGCGUGUCGACGCCUCCGCGCAGCUGAGAAGGCCCAAAUGGCACAGAGAGCCCGAGAUGGACGCGAAAGCCGCGUCCGCGGGCGUCGCCGACCACCCCGAGGGCGCGGAGGUGGAGCGGGCCAUGCCGAGCGGCAAGAACGCUCGGGGGGGCGAGCCCGUGGUGACCUCGCUCGUCCCCGCGCGUUGGCCGUGCCGCAACCUCGACGCCCGCGACCUGCUCGGCCCGCAGUUCACGGACGGCGCGCUGCGGGGGGGCACGGGCGACCACCAGUACUCCCCCGACGGCGCGCUCGUGGCGUCGUCCUACGUCGACGGGGUGUUGCUUCGAAACCAGGCGUCGGGCGCGUACGGCCGGGUGGAGACGGCGUGCGUGUGCACAGCCGUGACGACACUGGACGGUCGCGGCGGCGUCGAGGUGGACAAGGAGGAGCACCCGAGGAACCACGACGGGGACGGGUGGACCGUCGUCGCCACGUCGCACGAGGACGCGCCGCGGGUCGGGUCGGAUGAAAUCUCAAACGCGACGAGGGAGGCUUGGAUCGGGGCGCGGGGGUACCGCCGCGCGGGCAAUGGAUGGGUGGGACGCGCGCUGGCGUUCCUCGGGGAGGUUCACACGGGUAAUUCCAGGGCGCCGAGCCACCUCGAGCUCUUCGUCCUGGACCUCCCCGCGAAGCCGAGGGAUCUUCGGCUGUCGGAGCGGGGCAAGCCGCUGAGCGGGUCGGACACGGCGCGUCCGCAGCCGCCGCCGGGGGCGACGCAGCGACGCCUGACGGACACGAGCGGCCGCACCUAUCCCGGCAUGUGCGUGGGCCCGUUGGAGAAGCACGGGCACGAGGGACCGCCGUCCCCGCGCGCGGGUGCGGGCAAGAGCGGCGGUUCGGGCAAGCGGAAAAACGCCGGGCCUAAAUUUUGGCCCAGGUCCUCGCCUUGCGGCUCGCGCAUUUGCGUCGUCGCGAUGGACGACAUGUGCGUGCCGCAGCUGUACCUGGUGGCGACCGGGUCCUCGACACCCGCGCGGCUGCGGCAGCUCACGGAUUUGCCCAAGCCCGGGGUUCAGAGCGCGUUUUCGUGGUCCCCCGACGGUGCGCACAUCGCGUUUGUCCACGACGGGAGCGUGUGUCUGCUGACGGUUCCCGGCGACGCGGUUCAUCGCGGCGCGGACGGCGACGGUGGCGCGAACGACGACGGCGAGUGCGACGGCGAAGACGAAGACGACGCGCUCGCGAAGCUCAUGGAGCAGGAGAACGCCGUCGGCGGUCCGGAUGAUAGGGGUAGGAAGCGCAGGGUGAAACGGCUCACGCGGCGGCGCACCGGCGAGGCGGCGCCGCAGCCGCAGGGCGUGACGUUUUCACCGUGCGGCAAGUACGUGGCGUACGUCCGGCGCACGUCCGCGUCGUCGUCGUCGCGCGACCCGGCGCCGGGUACGACCGUCGCGCAGGGAACCCAGUCGCCCAAGAGCCCGCUCGAGUCCGAGAGAAACGGCGAGAACACGGAUCUCUUCUACAACUCAGACGACGACACCGAGGGCGGACCCAAGUACUUUAACCAGGUUUGCGUCGUCGGCAUAGAGGUUGUCCUGCGCCAGCCGUUCAGGCUCGCGGCGCAGAUCGUCGGCACGGUCGCGACGGUGCUGUGUGGGUUCGUCGCGACGGACCUCGCGAAGCUGGGCGUGGGCGCCGUUCGAGACGGGCUUCGUCGGCGGCGGGUGGAGAUGCUGCGAAAGAUCGGGCGGCGGGGGCGGGGGCGGGGCAAGCAGCUCAGGACGGACACGUGGCAGGAUUUCCAGCGGGAGUACGAGCGGACGGGAAGGCGUCUGGAGAAGAAACCGAAGAGACCCGCCGCGGCGAAGGGCUGGGACGAUUUCAAGCGCGAGUACGAGCGCUAG